CCCGUCGCUCCCCAACCCUGCGGCUCGGCCCCGAGGGCCCCCUCGGCACCCGUCCGCCGUAACCCCUUCUCCAGCCUGGACAACGCACCGCGGCAGCCGGUCCGGCGGCAGCAGGAGGAACCGGGACAGCCGGCGGGGGGGCCCGCCUCCACUGCGCCCUUCUGGCAGUUUUUAGAGUGUGCAGAAGAUAAGCCGGCCCGGAACGUGGGGCUCUCAGAGGGAACCGACGUCCUGGCGCUGCCCGAGGACCUUCAUUUACCUGUUCCUACCCCUGAUGUCCGCACCUCACCAAGACACGAGUUUCCUGCAGACUGGAGCAUCAAAACACGACUUCUGUUUAUGUCUUCUCAACCUUUUACUUGGGCAGAGCAUUUAAAAGCACAGGAGGAAGCUCAGGGAUUUGCUCAGCAUUGCAGAGCGGCAGAAAUAAACUUGCCACAGAGUGUACAGGAACCAAAACUGUCCACAGAACUGCGUUGUGCCUUUCAGCAGAGCCUUGUUUACUGGCUUCACCCAUCGCUGUCGUGGCUGCAGCUGUUUCCUCGUAUUGGAGCAGACAGAAAGAUAGCAGGAAAGGCCUGUCCAUGGGCACAGGAUGAGGCCUUGCAACAAGCGCUGAUGAGUGACUGGUCUGUCAGCUUUACUUCUCUAUACAAUCUGCUCAAAGCCAAGCUGUGCCCCUACUUCUAUGUGUGCACUUACCAGUUUACUGUCCUGUUCCGUGCAGCUGGUCUGGCGGGAAGUGAUGUUAUCACAGCAGUCAUUUCUCCCACCACCAGAGGUUUAAGGGAAGCCAUGAGAAAUGAAGGCAUAGAGUUUUCUUUACCUUUGGUAGAAGAAAGUAGAAGCAGAAAACAGAAAAACUCUGAAGGGAAUUUGGAAACAGAAAUUGCUCAAGGCCUUGAAGUAGGCAGAAGCUCUGAGAAUGGCGAGGAAGCUGCUCCAAGUGAUGAUGAUGAUGAUGAUGGUUUCUCUUGGCUUGAGGAGAUGGGAGUCCAAGACAAGGUUAAAAAACCAGAUGCUAUUUCUAUUCAACUUCGUAAAGAGAAGCAUGAAGUGCAGGUGGAUCACAGACCUGAAUCCCUCGUGGUGGUGAAAGGAACAAACACAUUCACUUUAUUGAACUUCCUGAUAAACUGUAAGAGCCUGGUGGCUGUUGCAGGUCCACAGGCAGGGCUUCCUCCAACUCUAUUGUCUCCUGUUGCUUUCCGAGGUGGAACAAUGCAAACGCUCAAAGCUCGUAGUAUGAAUGCAAAAGCCAGGGUCCGCCUGGCAUACGAAGAUAUCUUCAGUUUGGAGAUCAUAGGCCCAGUCCUGCCUCAUUCUCUCCACUUGCUGACCAUGCUGCUGCAGUCUGCACAGCAGGGAGCAUUUUCUGCAGUGCUGUAUACGCACGAGCCAACAGCUGUGUUUAACGCUAAUCUCGAUAAUGCGAGCCCUGCCUUAAAGAAGGAAACCGUAAGUAAAGACCUGCUGAAGUGUGGGCUGCAUUCUAAAACUUUAGAUCAACUGAGUCAGGUGCCAACACUGGGAAAAUCUUCCCUCCGGUUUCUGGAAAUGAAGGACUCUGCAUAUGCCUGGAAGUCUUAGGUACGUGCUGUUUGGAGUUGGUGGAGCACAAAGCUCUCCAGUAUGAAGUUGCUGUGCUGCCUGCAGGGCAGCACCUACGCUGUACAGGAGGGAUGUAACUUAGUCAAACAUCACAGCCAACUCUUGCACAUCACAGCAAUAAAACACCUCAAAGGGCUUCAAGAGGAAAUUGAGGAAAAGGCCCUGGACAUCUCCUUUUGUAUUUUAGAAAGCAUUUUUUAAAAUAAAAUUUUAUAAAAUUACUUGCUUUUGAUCUGAA